AUAUCAUCAAAACAUGUCUUUUUCUUGAAUUUGAAUUUAAAAUAGUUUUAAAUUAACUUGUCCACUACAGUGUUAGUGACAAGCCAGAAUAAAUAGCUGUGUAUUCAGUAUAAAAAAAUUAGCAAAUUAACUUAUAUUUAUUCAGUUUUGUGACAUAACCUACUUAUUUACAACUAACCAAUUAAAAUAUUUGCGGUCAUAGUGAAUUAAUUUUGAAUUCUACAAUAUGGAAAAUGAGAGAAUAAGAAAUAUUAUCCGCGUGGGAUCACGAAAAAGCGAGCUUGCAUUAAUACAGACAAAUUUUGUUAUUAGUAGUUUGAAGAAAAUAUAUCCAGAUUAUGAAUUUACUGUUGUUACCAUGACAACGUUGGGCGACCGGAUUCUAGACGUCUCCUUGCCGAAAAUAGGAGAGAAGUCCCUCUUCACAAAGGACUUGGAAGAUGCAUUGAGGAAUAAUACAGUUGACUUCGUGGUGCAUUCCCUGAAGGACUUGCCGACAACAUUGCCUGAUGGGUUAGCUGUCGGUGCAGUCUUUGAAAGAGAAGACCCGAGAGACGCGCUGGUGCUCCGUGAAGAUGUGAAGGGGAACUCGUUAGGAGAUCUUCCUGAUGGCUCAGUCAUCGGUACAUCGUCUCUCCGCAGAACGGCACAAUUGCGCGGCAACUAUCCUCAGCUGAAAGUGAUUGAUGUUCGAGGCAAUCUGAACACUCGACUGAGGAAACUCGACGAUCCUGAGACGGAGUACAGUGCCUUGCUUUUGGCCCAUGCAGGACUGCAGAGGAUGGGAUGGGCCAAUAGAGUCUCUAAGGUGCUCCCCUGUUCAGAGAUGAUGUACGCAGUGGGCCAAGGUGCUUUGGGUGUGGAGUGUCGUUCAGAUAACGAUGAAGUAUUGGACAUGCUGGCACCGUUCAACCAUCCGGAGACAUACUGCAGGGUGCUGGCUGAGAGAAGCUUUUUGAAGACUUUAGGUGGUGGCUGCAGUGCACCAGUCGGCGUAUCAACAAAACUGUCAUCCUUAGAAUCAAGUUUUAAAUUAACAAUAACAGGUGGUGUGUGGAGUUUGGAUGGUUUAACAAGAAUACAGCACACGAUGGAACAGACAUUCCAACAAAUUAAAAUAACGCCCAAACACAAACUGAGCCCCACAGAAGACAAUUCGCUGAAGAAGCAAAAAGUUGAAGAUAGCGCCAUCUACAACCCGCUACAGGAACUAGAUAGAAAGAUCAAAGAGAGGGUAGGCGCAAAUUGUGUAGAUACUCUUAGUGAGGCGGAAAUAAGUGCGUUGAAUGAAAACAUAUUUUGUGGGUUAACGGUUAAUAAAGGUAUUCCUAGAGAUGUUAUAGUGAAGUGUGAUGAUUUAGGGCGCGAUUUGGCGAAUGCUUUAAUAACGAAGGGCGCUUUGGAGGUUAUGAAGGUAACACAAGACAUGAUACGUUCUUCUAUAAAGCAAUGAUAAAUAGUUAAUGUCCCUACUUCGUGCAUGGUGUCCAUGCAAACAGAAUGGCUAUUUAAGAGGUUGUGGUUUAGACGAUAAUAGCUCUUAUGAAUCGCUUUGACCGGCAAUUGGGCAUUAUUUUGCUGAUAUCACUUUCCGAUCAAAGUGAUGUUAAUAACUCGUUAUAAUAGUUACCAGUUGUACCUUGUAUAACUGGGAUCAUUUUUGAUAAUAAUGUUGAAAAAUACUUGCAAGGUGUAUUGUUAAUGUAACCAAAUAUUAUUUAUUUGGUUAUAAAAGGUUUUUAUAUUGGUGUUAUAAUUAUUAGAGUAUUUAACCAGAGCAAACGGAGUGCGUAUGUAAUUUGGACCGGUGUGUACAGUACAGUAGUUGAGGUCAAGCCGCCGAGCGACUUGAACUUCUCCCGUCAUAUUUAUUUUUUUCAUAAAAAUGAUGGGCUGAGUGUAUAGCUGUCACUGAAGCCAAAGCGACCCGUGUCGGAUUUAAUUUUUUAUACAUUCAUGUUAAAGGUAACGCCGUCUUCUUUUAGUUAAAUACUCUAUAAAUUUUCUUGUUGAUUGUUCUAGUAUAAUUACUUUAUUUUAAUUUGGUUGCAAGGGUACAAGUAAAUAUUAAGAAACCAUAGGUCUAAUUGUUAAACAUAUUCGAAUAUCCGAUCAUGACAUUGUUUUGACAUAAUAUUAUUGUUGUGUAUACAUAAACUUAAGGUGUGUGUCGAUUGGACCAAACAUCCAUGCAGUAGCCACUUAUAAUAAACUGUAACAUUAUGUGGACCGGUCAGUCAUAAUCAUAAUAAUAAGUGACGAUGAAAGCUGAGCUCAAGGUGAAGUACAUUCUGAGCUUUGUAUAUUACAACAGAGUUUAGAAGUCAUCCAUAAAUUACGCCACACAAAUUUCAUGAUUUUGUGACCCCCUCCCCCGUCCUUGUCUUAUCUGCGGGCCUACCAUGAACUCUUAUUGCAAUUCAAUUGACAACCUAAAAUGAACUGCUUUGCUAUUUCGUACCACGACGUGUCAAAUCAACUCAUUAAAUCGCAAUGAUGUCAAUUGAAUGUCAAAAAUGUUCGUUCAUUCAUUCGUACCAUAAGGUGUUAUUUCAACCUAAACUGGAUAGCUUAUUUGUCAAAGUGACCGAUUCGAAAAAAGUUGCUACUUCCUUAGAGGAAAGUGAAUCGUGUUGUUAAUAACUUUUCAAAAAUAGUGAGAACAUAGAAAAGAAAAAUUUUAUUGAUUAAAGAUGACAUGAGAAUACUUUAUUGGACUUUUUUGUAAAAUAAAAUACUGAAAAUAAAUACCAAAAAUGAAAAUACUAAAGACGAGGCAGUAAGGGCUAUAGACUGUUCGCAAGAACGAAUUAAAAAAAAUGUACUCUGUGGUCCUGUCAAAUCAAACAUCAAUGGAGGUGCGUUCAUAACUCGUUAUUUUUACGAAAACACAUAAGCAAACAUUUAAUUUUUAAUUCAAAGAACUAUAUUUAUUUAUGUUACUAUUACUUAAUAAGUAUAAAAGGGGCUUAAUGGUUUAUAAUUUGACGCAAUUGCGCAAUUUUAAAAUGUAUUUUUAGUAUUUUCUACGCAAAAAACCGCUAAAAUCAUAUCAUUUUAGGUUUCGAAACGCAAUUUUAUUUCGUUCAUUCUUCAUAAGCGAUCCAAACGCCAUUCAGUAAAAGGCACUUCAUGGUACGAAUUUUAGUGAUUCUGUUUAGGUACCUAAACUGGACUGCAUCCGAUUCGCAUCGCUUAUUAAAAGUUAAUGGUAGGCCCUCUGGUCACAUUUGUGAGACCCCUCUCACCUGGUGUGUUGUCAAAUAUAUUGCUAUUUUACAUUUAGAAAUUAAUUACAUUGAAACAGUACCUAUGUAGUGUACCAAAAUUAUUUCUAUUUCAAUUCUUUUUCAAUGGCAUGAAAAUGAACAAAACAUAUUUGCAAGUUUAGUAGGUAUGUAGUUUAAAUUUAGUUUUGUAAUACUUAGAUGUAAAAUAUUAUAUUUUGAAAAAAAAUGGGUCCUUAAUUUUGUGACAUCAUAUUUUAUUUCAAAACAUGUCACAAAAUUUAGGACCCCUCCCGCCCCUUGCCACACUUCGUCGACCCCCUCCCUACCCUUUACGUGUGGAGUAAUUUAUGGAUGGCCCCUUAACCGUAAAUUCUAAACCAAUUGUGAUUAUGUUAUUAAAUGAAAUGUAUUAAAUUAAUUUUGAAAUUUAUAUUAAACCAAUGUGGCUCGGAAUGUGUGUUGAGUUGAUGACAAAUGCCUUAAUUGGUGGAAUAGUCGUAGAUUUUCCUCCUAUUCUUUUGAAUAUUUCAUAUGGUGCAGUCGAGAAUUUAGAUAUAGAUAAUAUUUAAUUAGUAAAGUUUAAUUUCAAAUCAUAUAAUUCAAAUUCUGUUAUUACCGUGUAAUUAACUACCUACCUAUAUAGGCUUAAAACAGAGACAUGGUUGUGUGGUAUAUCAAUACCAAACUAAAUAAUGCUGUUUCAUUCUAGUAAUCGUUACGUCACUCUAGUACUCAAAAAUCAGUUUGCAGAGAGUUGAUAAAUAUUAUUAGCGAGUGUCGCUCAAUUAUCGCAAUUUGUAUGACAGUUGUCACUUAUAGUCGCGCUCUUACUUCUGUGGUACGGGGGAUGCAGGUGUCGCCAAUCAUAACCCGGUACCAGCAGCUUGUUAGUGAAAAGAACUGACGAGCUGAAAUUUACUGUUUAAAAAUCCUGAAUAUAUUUUGAUUUUAUGAAUUAUUAACGAAUAUUGUUCAAUUAAAAAUAUAUCUCAAAUAAGUGUUUAGUAAAGUUCACGAUGUUUAAAUAUAAUUUAAGGUCCUUGGGCUUUGACAAUAGAAUAUGUGAUAUAUUUGUAAAUAGGUAUAAAGAGUUAUGUAAAUAGUGUACAUUGCGGAAUUUAUUUGUAAAUAGUUGUAUAGGUACUUAUUGGUAUAAUGUAAUCAUGUACUUAUAUUGUUGAUUUUGGGAAGAUUUAAUGAAUAAAUGUUUAAUAUAUGGG